CGCCUUAAAACGUAAAUUACCCGGUGAGCAAAAUCCUGCAAAGAACUGCAAAAGACCAAAGAGAGCGGAAGUCAACUUCCUACCUCCACAUCCAAAUGGAGAAAAUGUUGAUAGCCUUGAAAUGGAAAGGCAGGAGCUUCUCGAAGAGGUAAAAAAAAAGAACAACCAUAAAGUGAUAAAAGAAAAAAUGGCAAAAACAUUCUCCUAUCGAAGGCUGGAGGUUGUGAGUGGUAGUCCAGCUGCUGAAGACUUCAAGGAGAGAUGGCCUGCCUUAUUUUGUGAAGCUGAGAUAAAAGAAGAAUUUAGGAGACUAACUACGAUUUCCUUGGAACAGAGCUUCAUGAACAGGCUUGACGCCUACACGCCAAAAAUGAUUACACUAAUGAAGCUCAAGGGAGGUGUUGUGGGCACCAAGCUGAGGCCGUACAUGGACAUACUGAGUCAGAACCAAAACAUUGAGAUGAGGCGUGAAGCUGUUAUCCGGAGCCUCAUACUGUACCUUGGCGAGAAAGAAGAGGAACUGUUUGAAGAUUGCCAGGAGGACAACCACAGUGACACAGCGCAACACACCCUCAAGAUUCUGGUUGUACAUGGAGCUGAUGGAAAGGAUCCAGUGGAUGUAUCCAUUAUUCUUGAAGGCAAGGAGAUAUUGCCGGGAUGCCAAAGUACUGCUAAAGCUUGUGCCCUGCUUAUGGGACUCAUUUAUGCCCUCAACCUUGCAUACCCCAGAGCACUGCAUUACACUUUCGAGGUGUUUCAGAAACUUUUUCUAGAAUUAGAUGUUCUUAAGCUGUCUACAAAAGUACAAGCUUUUAAGUCGAAGUUGUUUUAUUAAAUGCUAUUGACAUUGCAAGUACUGCACAUUUUUGGUUACCAGUACUCCCCGACUAAGUUUGAAAUCUUCCAGGUUCUAUUGGACUAUUUGCACAGACAUAAUGUUUCUCUGAUCACUUGUGUACAUAAUUAGCAGUUUUGCUUUUGAAUUUAGUUUAACCAUUGUGAACAGUGGUGGUAAGACACUUGCCUGUUUUCUGCUUUGUGCCAAAUAAGGCAUCUGGUCUUUUUUUCUUUAUUGUCGUGUUUAGAGCACUAGUCAAGAGCGCCAUGUUAGCUGUUGAAACAGCAUUGUUUUAGACUUUUUUUUUUUUUUUAAUUUAACAGAAUUCGUAAAAG